AAACAAACCCUAUGUGUUGGAAAUUCUUUAAUCUGCUGUUUCCUCUUUCCCCCCACCCUCUGAAAGUUUUACAUAAUGUAAGCCUUCAUUAUGUCUUUGACCUUCCCCCGGCUCCCCACCUCUGGGAGGUACUAAUGCUAUUACCUGGUGCUGAAAGAUGGCACUGUAAAGGUAUGGGAAGGAAGGAAACCCAAACUACAACCUGCUGUCCUUUCACGCCUUCCUUUGGAGACUGUUCCAUCAGUGCCGAGGUGUGUGAGAAAAUGCUUUACUGCAUCGCCAUCUUACUGAGUUGCUUCACGUGAGGAAAAAUGGGGUUUUGACCCUGCCACUCAGUGACUCAGUUCCACAUUUUGGAUUACAUACUGGAAAAGAAGCCAAUCUUCUUGCUAGUAAAUCAACAACCCAGCUGUAUGCAGUGGUGACCCAAACAAUGGAUAUAAACCUAAAAAUCUGAGGGAGGGGAGAGGUGGAAAACAAUAGCUCUUGGAAUCUGAAAUCUCAUUUAUUUGAUCAGGUUAUUUGCUGGCACUUGACAGAAAUCUGAUUGGUGGGGAUCUCUUAGGAUCUAGCGGACAUCUGGUAUUAAUUUCCUUUCAGGAAAAAUGAGAAAUGCCAGUUAACCAAAGAGCAUCUGGGUUCUGGAAUUCAGUAUUAGCCGCUUCAGGACAAUUGUGUCUGGCCUCCAUUUUUGUCUGUCAUUCAGAGCUGGCUUCCAUCUACAGUACCUUUUGCUAUAAGGAUCCGGGGUAGUUGGGUGGAUGGGUUUCUCAUUAAUUUUUUUUCUUCCUUCAGGGUGGGGGAUUGGUUUGGCUUUCUUUUGUCGUGGCUUGUUUUAUUUCAUUUUUGGCAAGAUCAAUUUUAGCUGCAAGGACUUGAAAGACUCUGAAGGAUCCCACCAGCUUUUCCUUGAGGCCUAGAUUUUUGUAUUCUGUCCUGAACAGAAGCCAUUCAUCACAGCCUGCUGAACCAAUAGCGCCAGUGAUUUUAAGCAGAAUUACGUCUUUGGGGAGUUUUUGGGUUUUUUUGUUUUUUUGUUUUUUUCUCUUUCCUUAGCAGCAAGGUCUUAUUCCUGGAGAAUCUACUCCACUGCAGCCUCACUGCAGCUUCAGGAGCCUUAAUCGAUUAAGUGCUGUCAGCUUGAUGUACUACUCCGGACUUUGGAAACAGAUAUCGGUUCUAUUCUGUAUUUCCACUGUGUGUAGCUAAAACAACAGUCGGAGGCCCGAUGACCUGUUAGACGGCUAGCCUUGUAUAACUCGACUCUGUAUGUUCCCAUGUAUGUUACCGCAAUGCUCCUCCUGUUGUACAGUGUCUGUGAGAUGCUCUUUGAAGAUGGUACUUUUAUUUAUUUAUUUUUUUCAUUUUCAAUAAAAGUACAUUACCUCCCACUUCCUGGUAUUUAAUCCUGUUGCUGAAUGUGCCUUGUGUGAGUGUGUGCUCCGGCGUUGCAGGACCUCAGAGCUGGAGGUGGCACUCGGUGGUUCUUGGGGGCUGGCUGCCUUCCCUCACUGCAGGUGGUGUUAGACAUAUACUACCUGAGGAAUGUUUUGCAAAUGCACUACUCACUCUUCCCCAGUCCAACUGCCUUCGUGGUGAAACACCUCUUGGAAUACACCCAGGUCACAGACUCUAACCUCCAGUACAGCUUGCUGUUAGUCCUGGGCCUCCUCCUGACAGAAGUCGUGCGCUCCUGGUCACUUGCACUGACUUGGGCAUUGAAUUAUCGAACCGGUGUCCGCUUGCGAGGGGCCAUCCUCACUAUGGCAUUUAAGAAGAUCCUUAAGUUAAAGAACAUUAAAGAGAAGUCCGUGGGUGAGCUCAUCAACUUGUGCUCCAACGACGGGCAGAGGAUGUUUGAGGCAGCCGCCGUUGGCAGCUUGUUGGCUGGAGGACCCAUUGUUGCCAUCUUAGGCAUGAUUUAUAAUGUAAUUAUUCUAGGACCGACAGGCUUCCUAGGAUCCGCUGUUUUUAUCCUCUUUUAUCCAGCAAUGAUGUUUGUGUCCCGGAUCACUGCAUAUUUCAGGAGAAAAUGUGUGACCACCACCGAUGAACGUGUCCAGAAGAUGAAUGAAGUCCUCACUUACAUUAAAUUUAUUAAGAUGUAUGCCUGGGUCAAAGCAUUUUCUCAAAUUGUACAAAAAAUCCGAGAGGAGGAACGUCGGAUAUUGGAAAAGGCUGGAUACUUUCAGAGCAUCACUGUUGGUGUAGCUCCCAUUGUGAUGGUGAUUGCCAGCGUGGUGACAUUCUCUGUUCACAUGACCCUUGGCUUUGACCUGACAGCAGCACAGGCUUUCACAGUGGUGACUGUCUUCAAUUCCAUGACUUUUGCUUUAAAAGUCACACCAUUCUCUGUAAAAUCCCUCUCAGAAGCAUCGGUUGCUGUUGACAGAUUUAAGAGUUUGUUUCUGAUGGAAGAGGUUCACAUGAUAAAGAAAAAACCAGCCAGCCCUCACAUCAAGAUAGAGGUGAGAAAUGCCACCUUGGCAUGGGACUCCUCCCACUGCAGUGUCCAGAACUCACCCAAGCUGACCCCCAAAACGAAAAAAGACAAGAGGGCUGCCAGGGGCAAGAAAGAGAAGGUGAGACAGCUGCAGCGCACUGAGCAGCAGGCGGUGCUGGCAGAGCAGAAAGGCCACCUCCUCCUGGACAGCGACGAGCGGCCCAGUCCCGAGGAGGAGGAAGGCAAGCACAUCCACCUGGGGAUCCUCCGCUUGCAGAGGACUCUGUACAACAUCGACCUGGAGAUUGAAGAGGGUAAACUGGUUGGAAUCUGUGGCAGCGUGGGAAGUGGAAAAACCUCUCUCAUUUCAGCCAUUUUAGGCCAGAUGACACUUCUAGAGGGCAGCAUUGCAGUCAGUGGAACCUUCGCUUAUGUGGCCCAGCAGGCCUGGAUCCUCAAUGCCACUCUGAGAGACAACAUCCUCUUUGGGAAGGAAUUUGAUGAAGAAAGAUACAACUCUGUGCUCAACAGCUGCUGCCUGAGGCCUGACCUGGCCAUCCUUCCCAACAGUGACCUGACUGAGAUUGGCGAGCGAGGAGCAAACCUGAGUGGUGGACAGCGCCAAAGGAUCAGCCUUGCACGGGCCUUGUACAGUGACCGGGACAUCUACAUCCUGGAUGAUCCCCUCAGUGCCUUAGAUGCCCAUGUGGGCAACCACAUCUUCAGCAGUGCUAUCCAGAAGCACCUCAAGUCUAAGACAGUUCUGUUUGUUACCCACCAGUUACAGUACCUGGCUGAUUGUGAUGAAGUGAUCUUCAUGAAAGAGGGCUGUAUUACAGAAAGAGGCACCCAUGAGGAGCUGAUGAAUUUAAACGGUGAUUAUGCUACCAUUUUUAAUAACCUGUUGCUGGGAGAGACACCCCCAGUUGAGAUUAAUUCAAAAAAAGAAACCAGCGGUUCACAGAAGAAAUCACAAGACAAGGGUCCUAAAACAGGAUCAGUAAAGAAGGAGAAAGCAGCAAAGCCAGAGGAAGGGCAGCUGGUGCAAAUGGAAGAAAAGGGUCAGGGUUCAGUGCCCUGGUCAGUGUAUGGUGUCUACAUCCAGGCUGCUGGGGGCCCCUUGGCAUUCCUAGUCAUUAUAUCUCUUUUCAUGCUGAAUGUGGGCAGCACGGCUUUCAGCAAUUGGUGGUUGAGUUACUGGAUCAAGCAAGGAAGUGGGAACACCACAGUGACACAAGGGAACAAGACCUCUACGAGCAGCAGCAUGAAGGACAAUCCUCUCAUGCAGUACUAUGCCAGUAUCUACGCCCUUUCCAUGGCAGUCAUGCUGAUCCUGAAAGCCAUUCGAGGAGUUGUGUUUGUCAAGGGCACACUGCGAGCCUCCUCCCGGCUCCAUGAUGAACUUUUCCGAAGGAUCCUUCGAAGCCCUAUGAAGUUUUUUGACACCACCCCCACUGGAAGGAUUCUCAACAGGUUUUCUAAAGACAUGGAUGAAGUCGAUGUACGCCUGCCGUUCCAGGCUGAGAUGUUCAUCCAAAAUGUCAUCCUGGUGUUCUUCUGUGUUGGAAUGAUCACUGGAGUUUUCCCAUGGUUCCUGGUGGCAGUGGGGCCCCUCUUCAUCCUCUUUUCAGUUCUGCACAUUGUUUCCAGGGUCCUGAUUCGAGAGCUGAAGCGUCUGGACAAUAUCACACAGUCACCUUUCCUCUCCCACAUAACAUCCAGCAUACAGGGCCUUGCCACCAUCCACGCCUACAACAAAGGGCAGGAAUUUCUGCACAGGUACCAGGAGCUACUGGAUAACAACCAAGGUCCUUUCUUCUUGUUCACGUGUGCAAUGCGGUGGCUGGCUGUGCGGCUGGACCUGAUCAGCAUUGCCUUGAUCACCACCACUGGGCUGAUGAUUGUUCUCAUGCAUGGGCAGAUUCCCCCCGCCUACUCGGGUCUUGCCAUCUCUUACGCCGUCCAGCUAACGGGUCUGUUCCAGUUUACUGUCAGACUGGCAUCCGAGACAGAAGCCCGUUUCACCUCAGUGGAGAGGAUCAACCACUACAUCAAGACUCUCUCUUUGGAAGCACCUGCCAGAAUUAAGAACAAGGCUCCCUCCCCUGAUUGGCCCCAGGAAGGAGAGGUGACCUUUGAGAAUGCAGAGAUGAGGUACCAAGAAAAUCUCCCUCUGGUUCUGAAGAAGGUGUCCUUCACCAUCAAACCUAAGGAGAAGAUUGGCAUUGUGGGGCGAACUGGAUCAGGGAAGUCCUCUCUGGGGAUGGCCCUCUUCCGUCUGGUGGAGUUAUCUGGAGGCUGCAUCAAGAUUGAUGGAGUGAGAAUCAGUGAUAUUGGCCUUGCUGAUCUCCGAAGCAAGCUCUCCAUUAUUCCUCAAGAGCCAGUGCUGUUCAGUGGCACUGUCAGAUCAAAUUUAGAUCCCUUCAACCAGUACACUGAAGACCAGAUUUGGGAUGCCCUAGAAAGGACACACAUGAAAGAAUGUAUUGCUCAGCUACCUCUGAAACUUGAAUCUGAAGUGAUGGAGAAUGGGGAUAACUUCUCAGUGGGGGAGCGGCAGCUCCUAUGCAUUGCAAGAGCCUUGCUCCGUCACUGCAAGAUUUUGAUUCUAGAUGAAGCCACAGCUGCCAUGGACACAGAGACAGACUUACUAAUCCAAGAGACCAUCCGAGAAGCAUUUGCUGACUGUACCAUGCUGACGAUUGCCCAUCGCCUACAUACAGUCCUAGGCUCCGAUAGGAUUAUGGUGCUGGCCCAGGGACAGGUGGUGGAGUUCGACACCCCAUCAGUCCUUCUGUCCAAUGACAGCUCCCGGUUCUAUGCCAUGUUUGCCGCUGUGGAGAACAAGGUCGCUGUCAAGGGCUAACUCCUCCCCGCUGCUGCCACGUCUCUCUUCCUUGGAGCAUUGCCAUUCCCUGCCUAGGGCGGGCCCCUCAUCGCGUCCUCCUGCCGAAACCUUGCCUUUCCCAAUUUUAUCUUUCGCACAGCAGUUCAGGAUUGGCUUAUGUGUUUCAAUUUUAGGGAGAGUCAUAUUUUGAUUAUUGUAUUUAUUCCGUAUUCAUGUAAACAGAAUUUAGUUUUUGUUCUUAAUUGCACUCUAAAAGGUUCAGGGAACCGUUAUUAUAAAUGUAUCAGAGGCCUAUAAUGAAGCUUUAUACGUGUAGCUAUAUCUAUAUAUAAUUCUGUACAUAGCCUAUAUUUACAGUGAAAAUGUAAGCUGUUUAUUUUAUAUUAAAAUAAGCACUGUGCUGAUAGCAGUGCAAAUUCCUUUCUAUCAUUUUUGUACAGUUUGCUGUACUAGAGAUCUGAUUUUGCUAUUAGACUGUAGGAAGGGUAGCAUACUGUUCUUCAGCUGGUGGUUUCACGGUGCCGGGUUCUCUGGAUGUCCAAGAGGAAGAUGUGUGGCAAUGGCGAGCCCUCCGGCCGGCGGCCCCCUCUGCGCCUCCGCGCAGCCACUCCCGGGCGGGGCGGGGGCGGGGGGCGCCGCUGGAGGCCAUGCAGAGCGCCGUGAAUUCUCAGGGCUCCUGCUUUCUGUCCUGUUGUCAUUCACUGUUUCUGUCAGGAGAGCAGUGGGGGUAAAGCCCCAGACCCCUUUCCACUCCCUCCGUCAGGAAUGAGAAUCACAGAAGAACAUUCCUUGGACAGGGGGAGUUUUCUUUUCCUGCCUUCCUCUUUUUGCUGUUGUUUCCUAACCAGAAUCAAGUCUAUUCACAGAGUGUCCCACUGCCUCAGGUUCCUAACGCCGGCCACUGCACAGAGCUCUCCAGCUCCUACACGCGCUGGCUCCAAACCCGGGAGCCCGCUGAUGCUUUUUCUCGGUGGUUCUUUUUCAUUUGCCUGGUCCCACGCCUCCACGGUUCAGUGACAGGGUUCAGGAGUUUGUGGGUCUGUUCUUCUCUCUCCUGCACUUGUCACACAGUCUCUGUCUCUCUCCAAAGUCUGCGACUUUAAGCAGCUCUUGCUAAUCAGUGUCUCACACUGGUGUAGAAGUUUUUUGUACUGUAAAGAGACCUACCUCAGGUUGCUGAUUGCUGUGUAGUUCCAUGUGUGCCCGCAAACCCCCUUUGUGCUGUGGGACCAGUAGCUCAGGUGGGCGUGGUCGCUGCUGUCAUCAACUGAAUGGUCAGAGUUGCAUGUCGUGACCAACUAGACAUUCUGUCGCCUUAGCAUGUUUGCCGAACACCUCGUGGAAGCAAAAAUCUGAAAAAGUGAAUAAAAUUAUUUUGGAUUUUGUAAAGCUC